UGAAAACAAGGUAGAAAAGCCGCCUUGUUCCGCUUCCUACAGUACAAGGGGUAGGGAGAGAUACUGAACGACCGGAGCGUCUGUUCAUUGUUCUUGCUGUAAGGAAAGAAAAACAACAGGGAACGGUUUCGGAGGGUUACAUCGCAUGGGCUUCCUGUGCAGCAAAUACCUUUACAACCACUGAAUACAGGUGUAAUAAUGUCCCCAAACCAAACCCUCCCCCGACAACAGUUAUACAACUGCCGUGAGGCGACAGUGCAGAGUACGCGCUGCCCGAUCCGACUGCAGAGGGAUAGAUUCGCCUUAGCACGCAACGCAACGCAACGCAUCGCAUCCCUUCUUGGAACCAAGUAACCACCUGCAGGCACUACCACUCCCAGCAUGCAGUGCUCCGGGGAAGGGGACUACCAUUCCCAGCAGCCAUUGUUUCGUGGGGCGUAAGCGACCUGGUUCGAGUCCCGAACGCUCACGGCCGAGGAGUGCGUCGCCCUCACGCCGGUGUGACGCUCCCCGCGACAAUGGCGACGGCGGCCCUGAGCUCCCAAGGCGGCGCUAAGAAAGAGGAGAAAGGCAAGAAUAUCCAAGUGGUUGUGAGAUGCAGGCCCUUUAAUGUGUCGGAGCGCAAAGCAAACUCUCAUGCUGUUGUAGACUGUGACCAUGCAAGAAAGGAAGUUAGCGUCCGUACUGGAGGAGUAACCGAUAAGGCAGCAAGGAAGACUUACACCUUUGAUAUGGUCUUCGGAGCUCAAGCAAAACAAAUUGAGGUUUACCGGAAUGUUGUCUGUCCUAUUUUGGAUGAAGUUAUUAUGGGAUACAACUGUACUGUGUUUGCCUAUGGCCAAACUGGUACAGGGAAAACCUUCACAAUGGAAGGGGAGAGAUCACCUAAUGAAGAAUAUACAUGGGAAGAGGAUCCACUAGCUGGUAUAAUCCCCCGUACACUGCAUCAAAUAUUUGAAAAACUUUCAGACAAUGGUACGGAAUUUUCUGUGAAAGUCUCCCUGUUGGAAAUCUACAAUGAGGAGCUUUUUGAUCUUUUGAAUCCCUCUCCUGAUGUAGGGGAGAGACUUCAAAUGUUUGAUGACCCCCGUAACAAGAGGGGUGUGAUUAUCAAAGGAUUGGAAGAAAUAACUGUACACAACAAGGAUGAAGUGUAUCAGAUUUUGGAAAGAGGAGCAGCGAAAAGAACAACUGCAGCUACUUACAUGAAUGCAUACUCUAGUCGUUCACACUCUGUGUUUUCGGUCACCAUACACAUGAAAGAAACUACAAUAGAUGGAGAAGAGCUUGUUAAAAUUGGGAAACUAAACUUGGUUGAUCUUGCAGGAAGUGAAAACAUUGGUCGUUCUGGAGCAGUUGACAAAAGAGCUCGUGAAGCUGGAAAUAUCAAUCAGUCUCUGCUUACUCUGGGGAGAGUUAUUACUGCUCUUGUAGAAAGAACUCCCCACAUUCCAUACAGGGAAUCUAAACUCACUAGAAUCCUGCAGGAUUCUCUUGGAGGGCGUACAAAAACAUCUAUAAUUGCCACAGUUUCUCCUGCAUCUGUAAAUCUUGAGGAAACUUUGAGCACUCUAGAAUAUGCACAUAGAGCAAAGAAUAUCAUGAAUAAGCCUGAAGUUAACCAGAAGCUGACGAAAAAAGCUCUCAUUAAGGAAUAUACAGAGGAGAUUGAACGCCUAAAACGAGAUCUUGCUGCUGCACGAGAGAAAAAUGGAAUCUAUAUUUCUGCUGAAAACUAUGAAGCUCUUAAUGGAAAAGUGACAGUUCAAGAGGAACAAAUUGCAGAGUAUAUUGAGAAAAUUAGUGCCAUGGAGGAAGAAGUGAAAAGAGUCACUGAGCUGUUCAUGGCUAAUAAAAAUGAACUUGAACAAUGCAGAACGAAUCUGCAGAUCAGGGCAAGAGAACUGGAAGACACUCAGAAAAACUUGCAAGAAACCAAGAUUCAACUUGUGGAGGAGGAAUAUGUGGCUUUAGCUUUGGAGAGCACUGAAGAAAAGCUGCAUGGCACUGCUAGCGAGUUGCUUAAUACAGUUGAAGAAACAACAAAAGAUGUGUCUGGUCUACAUGCAAAACUAGAUCGUAAAAAAGUAGUUGAUCAACACAAUGCAGAAGCCCAGCACAGAUUUGCAGAACAAAUGAAUGCUCUGUUUAGCAAAAUACAAGAUUCUGUUAAUGAGAACAGUUUGAAACAGCAACAAAUGAUAGAAUCUUACACUAAUUUAGUUGGUGACCUUCUGUCUGCCAGCUCUUCAACCACUAAUGUUAUUGCAUCAGCUGUAUCUUCAUCUUUCGCCUCUGUUGUGGAAAUGCUGUCUGCUGAAACUUCUUGGGUUUCUGAAAAAAUACUAGAACAGCAGACUCUGUCAGUAAAAAAUAAAGCUGAGUUGAAGAGAUUGAUGGAAGAGCAUAAAUCUGGAAUGGAAAGAGCAUUAAGUAGUCUGGUACCUGUGGUAGAAUUUGUAUUGGGAGUAAACUACCAGUUUCAGAAUAACAUCAAGACCUGUUCUGCUGUGACAGAAAAGAUGGAAGGACAUAAAGAGGAAACAAGCAUCUUCUUUACAAAACACUCUCUCGCUCUGAAUAAAUUACAAGAAGAUAUAACCAGUGUUCUGGCUCAACUUCAGAAUGACUGUGAGAGUUUAAAGGAAGAAGCAGAGCUGGCAAAGCUGGCACUUAAAGAGGGCACAACUCAACUCAUGGCUUCUCUUCAGAGCCAGUUGAAUUUAUUGGUUCAGGAAACCCAGCAGAAUUUAAGUGGUGUAUCUAAAAAGAGUGGAAACUUGAAGACCGCUAUUGCUGUUGUCCAGGAAAACGUCCAUCUGCAAACUACAGACCUAGUCAGUUGUACAACUUCCCACCACAACAAAUACAUUGCAUCUUUGGAUAACUUCUCACGAGAGAUCAGGCAGUUAAACAAGGAAGACAAAAAGUUGCUGGAGGAGUCCACUUCAUGCUGUGAACAGUUUCACAGAACUCUCACCACAGUGUGUCAGGAGGCAGAUGAAUGGGUUGAAUCUGCAAAUACUAAGAUUGACUGCCUUACUGAUGAACAGAUCGCCUUCUCCCACAGUGAGCUGGAACAACUUCAGUGUUUACAGAAGAAUGCAAAUGAAAGCUGUAAUGCAUCAGUUGCUGCAGUCACAGACCAGAUUAACAGACAGAAAGCUGAUGAAGAGAGGUCACUGAAUAGCCUCCUGGACCACAUUAAAAAUGAUAAGGAGAUGUUCCUGGAGCAGAAACGGAUACUCCAUGAGGAAGCACGAUAUGGGUUGACUCAGGUUAAUGCCUUCCUGCAGGAGGAACUUAAAGUGGAUAUCCCAACAGGGACAACUCCACAGAGAAAAGACUACUUGUAUCCAGUGACUCUUGUGAGAACAGAACCUCGUGACCUGCUGCUUGAGCAAUUGAGACGACAGCAACCAGAACUCAUGGCUACUUUAAAUAGUGCAGCGAAGGUGGUAGAGCAUGUGGAUCAGGACUCACUGGAGGAAGAAGAGGUGGUGCAGGAAUUUAAUGAAAGUAUCUUCAGUGAUAAAUCUUCCCUGGACACAAGUGUGUGCUGUCAAACAAAUAGUGGUGUUCCCUUUUUCCAGCACAAAAAGAGUGUAAAAAAGGAUAAAGAGAACAAAUCUACAAGCAUCUUGGAGAGGUCCAAGAUGGAGGAUACAACAGAACAAUCUCUUCCCAAGUCUAAGCUUCCUUUAAAAGCACUGAACUAAGAUAUUUAAUGCAGACCAUUGCAUUUGUAUAACUUACCUCUGAUCUUCUGUUCAGUCUGUUUUCUCAGCUAUUUUCAGGUUUUGUAUAUAGUGAUAUAUUGUUGCAAAAUCAAAUUUUCUAAGAAGUUGUCCUGCCUUUUUGUCUGAAUUGUUUUUAUACACUGUAACUUAGUUACAUAGCAUAUGCUGUAAUUUAGUUACAUGGCAUUUACAGACUUUUAAAACUUCAAAUUAUGGCUCUGUAUGUUAAAUAAAGACUUUUAAAAUCUAAA